GCGAGUAGUAAGUGUGUCGCUGCUCGAAAACAUUCGCGUCGUGAAUAAAAUGUGACGACAAACCUGUAUGAGUGAUAAAUAUUAUUCAAAUGUAAUGUUAUGUUUUCGUGAAUUACGUUAGGCAAUAGAUUUAACAGUGUACAGGACAAUAACCGCGCAACUUCGAUGACGUGGGCGCGACGCGUCCGUGGAUUCAAAGUUUAUUGCGACGAAAAUCGAAUGAAAAAGAAUUAUUAAACUUUUCUUGUGAUCUCAGUGUGCGCUGAGGGCUUAUGCUUUAUAAUCUUGAACGUUGCUGUCAGUUCGCACACACGCCGACACGUGAUCGCCGAAAAUUCUCGAAUAAAUAAGGGAACAUACUGUCUGUACAGUGCUUGUAUUGACUUGUGAUUAUUCAUACCGGAUAAAUUGUUCUUUGCCGAAUUAUGGUUGUUGCUAAAGUCGAUAACAUGGCUUCAUACACCACGUAUACAGGAAAACCGAAAAUUUUCUUCCCAAAGAAGGUACGUUCAGAGGAAUCCCUGCUAGCUCCGGAAAAGUCUACUAAAAGUGCACGAUGGAUACCGGAAUUCAAAUUGGAUGGCAACAACAGUUUGAAACACAACGGCAGCGCCAAGGAUCUGGCCUCCGUCAUGGAGAACUUGAAGAAAAGCAGUUUAGUCUCCAGACAGAACCAAACUCUCAACACACAAGUCACUAGCUCCUCCUCACAACAGAUGGUAUCCAGCACUACGUCUAGUAGCGCUGCCAGCAGCCAGCGGCUGCAGAGCUCCUCUCAACGCCUGCAGCACAUGACCGCCUCCGAGAUGAAAGCCAGUUCCAUGAAGUCCGACCUCACAGAACUUAAGAGUUCCAUAUCCGAAAUGAAAAAUCUUAGCAGCUGUUCGGCUCUAAACUUUGGACAAAGACUGAGAAGCUCGAUGGAGAACAUAGUGGAUCAGGAUGACGGCCACCUGGCGGACAUCCGGGAUCUCGACGAGAUUGGAGAUUACAGCGACAUGGGGGAUAUCGGUGACAUGGGCGGUGACGCGCCCCUUGUCACUUUCCCCGAGUCGGACACACCACCGCCCGUCAGUGACAAGGCGUGCAUGCUAGCCGGCAACAACGUGCCUGUGGCAGUUGGUGGUAGCGGCAGUGGCGCGCCCAACGAGCUAAAGUACGCCACAUCGCGUGUAACCUCGGCCAGCUCGACGCGCGUCGUGGCAGACGGGUACAGCGCAUCGCGGUCAGCGGCCAACAGCGCGCGGCUGCGACGGCUGCAGCACGGCGAUCUGCAAUACGCCGAGCGCAGCGCUGCUGGCGCCUCGCACCGCCUGCUGCAGGCUGAGGGCCUCACCGCCGAACAGAAUGACGCCUACCUGCAAGAGCAAAGAUCGUUAAAAGCCGGUGAAGUAAGUGCGCAAGAAGCUAAUAAUAUGUCGGCGAGCAGCUCCAGACUGCAAACGGAAGCGUUUAGCGCAGAGAAGAAGGCUAUGGCUUCGGCGCAGGCGCGACAGACUGUCACCUCCAGCGGAAUGUUCAGUCACAAAGAGCACUCCAGUGUUGCGCACUCCAACAUGACCAUCUCUAGCAAGAACCUCUCCACCAAGUCCACACUGCUCUCCUCACAGAUGAGUCAACUUCUAAACGGUUCGAUCAAACCCGGCGAUGAAGAUCUAACAAAUUUAACGUUCGAAGAUUUGGACAAGCUGAAUGCGAACUCAAACCAAAAGGACGUCGAUUUAGCGAUACAGAAGUAUUCAUCCAGGAUGAACGCAUUUAUAAACUCUAUAAAGAACAAUCAAAUAGAUAUCAAAAAUGCUUCAGUACAUUUUAACAAAUUAAACGAAAUGAUGAGGAGAGCAUGGGCGGUGCCCACGUACGGUCACGAACUGGGAUACUCCUUGUGCAACACGUUGAGAACAUCCGGCGGACUGGACAUCCUGAUGGAGAACUGCGUGGAGACGAACAAUCCUGAGUUACAAUUCUCUUCGGCGAAACUUCUGGAACAAUGUUUGACGACUGAGAAUAGAGCACACGUUGUGGAAAAUGGUUUAGAAAAAGUUGUAAAUGUGGCUUGCAUUUGUACGCAAUACGCGAACUCUGUGGAACAUUCGAGAGUACGGACAGGUAUAUUGGAGCAUUUGUUCAAACAUAGCGAGGGGACGUGCAGCGACGUCAUCAAAUUAGGAGGUUUAGAUGCAGUACUGUUCGAAUGCAGAAAGAAUGACAUCGAAACGUUAAGGCAUUGUGCGACUGCGCUCGCCAACCUCUCCCUGUACGGUGGCGCGGAGAACCAGGAGGCUAUGAUCAAGAGGAAAGUUCCGAUGUGGUUGUUCCCGCUCGCCUUCCACACGGACGAUAACGUUAAAUACUACGCAUGUUUGGCGAUCGCCGUACUAGUCGCCAACAAGGAAAUCGAAGCGGCGGUACUGAAAUCGGGGACCCUAAAUUUAGUAGAACCUUUCGUCACGUCACACAAUCCGUCGGAGUUUGCUAAAUCUAAUCUAUCACAUGCACACGGUCAGAGCAAGAAUUGGCUACAAAAAUUGGUGCCAGUUUUGAGUUCAAAAAGGGAGGAAGCUCGAAACCUGGCCGCUUUUCAUUUUUGCAUGGAGGCGGGUAUUAAAAAGCAACAAGGAAAUACUGAAAUAUUUAGAGAGAUCGGAGCGAUAGAGUCUUUGAAGAAAGUGGCCAGUUGUCCGAACGCAGUCGCUUCCAAAUACGCGGCACAGGCGUUGAGGCUAAUAGGUGAAGAAGUGCCGCACAAACUGUCGCAGCAAGUACCGCUCUGGUCGAUAGAGGAUGUGAAGGAAUGGGUCAAACAGAUCGGCUUCUCAGAGUACGCUAAUAAUUUCCAAGAGAGUAGAGUCGACGGUGAUCUACUCUUGCAAAUAAGUGAAGAUAAUCUCAAAGAAGACAUCGGUCUGCUUAACGGAAUCAAAAGAAAAAGAUUCACGAGAGAACUUCAACAAUUAAAGAAAAUGGCGGACUACAGUUCGCGGGAUACAGGCAGCCUUAACGAAUUCCUUCAGUCAAUAGGACCGGAGUACACAAUAUACACAUAUUCAAUGCUGAAUGCAGGCGUGGACAAGGAGUCCAUGCGGGGGCUCAGUGACGAGCAGCUGGAGAACGAGUGCCACAUCGUCAACAGCAUACAUCGGCUACGGAUUCUCAACGCUAUAAGAGUAUACGAAAGUACAUUACCAAGCAAAGGUGAGGAAAACAUGGAGAAGAAUCUGGACGUUUUCGUGAGCUACAGACGGUCGAAUGGUUCGCAGUUGGCGAGUCUAUUAAAGGUCCACCUGCAGCUGCGAGGGUUUACGGUGUUUAUUGAUGUGGAGCGGCUGGAGGCGGGCAAGUUUGACAACAACCUGCUGCAGAGCAUAAGUCACGCCAAAAACUUCCUAUUAGUGCUAACACCCAACGCUCUAGAAAGGUGUAAGCAUGACACAGAGCAAAAAGACUGGGUUCAUCGGGAGAUAGUGGCGGCGUUACAGUCGCAGUGCAACAUCGUGCCCAUCAUAGACAACUUCGAGUGGCCGGAGCCCGAGGAGCUGCCCGAGGACAUGCGCGCCGUCUGCCACUUCAACGGAGUGCGCUGGAUACACGACUACCAGGACGCCUGCGUCGAGAAACUCGAAAGUUUCCUCCGUGGCAAGUCGAACCUCGCCACUCGUCUGGAAGGCGGUCUGCGAGGUCGCGGCGACGUGGCGACGCCCGGCACGGCGUCCAUCGGUCGCGGUCCGCCCAGCUACCAGCGCAUGGCCUCCUGCGAGAGCCGCGCCAGCGACAAGACCGACUGACUAGACCCCGCACACGCCCUGCACCGCCCGCCGCUCACGCUGCCGCCCACACCGCCUACACGACCACGGAGAAGUCGUCAAUCUUCUUUAGAAAAAGCUUCGCAGAGGACUUCCCAGAGUUGUGAACAAUUGCCUAGUAGUUGCAACACAUCAAAAUCUUCCCCCGCCAAGGCUUUGCACAGCCUGCCCGAGAGACUGACAGACAGCGAGAAGAUGUCCCGCAGAUGUCGAAGCUGCGAAGGAAUUUUAGAUGCAGACGAGACGCACGAAAGAAUCCCUUUGCCUACGCCUUCAGACGCUGCCACGCAGACCAAGAGGAAGAAGAAUUUCAUGGACAGAUGUGUGAACAAAGUGAGACUAUGCUGAAGUGUUUGCGGCGGAGCGACCGCUUGCAGUGCGUGUUAGAAACUAUUGGACUUCUAUCGCAUUUUUAUGUGAAUUUAAAAGUACAAAACUGUGCACAAUAGCAUGUAAAUAAUUUAUGUAUGCCCAAUGUUUAGAAAAGCAGUUUUCUACGUGAAUGCCGACGAUUGGUGAAUUAAAAAGUUGUAAUCUCAAGGAGUGCGUAUGGAGGCCGCGCUGCGCCCCUCACCCCGCCGUGCCCGCACACGGCGCCCCGUGACGGCGGCCAU